AAAGGGCAGAGGCUUCCCCAAACACAAAAAGAGCUACUUCCAUCCAUUCGGAUUCCGCCGCGGGAAGGAAGGAGACGAAGCAAACCCUUCUCCAAGGGUUUCUGAUAGUAGCGUUGGUGGUGGCGGGCGAUUCCGGGCGCCAUGAACGGCAGCAGCAAGGAGGCGCUGAUAUACAGCUUCGUGGCCAAGGGCUCCGUGGUGCUGGCGGAGCACACCGCCUUCUCCGGCAACUUCAGCACCGUCGCCGUCCAGUGCCUCCAGAAGCUUCCCCCCAACAGCACCAGAUCCACCUACUCCUGCGACGGACACACCUUCAACUUCCUCGUUGACCGCGGCUUCGUGUUCCUUGUGGUCGCCGAUGAGGCGGCCGGGAGGAGCGUGCCGUUCGUGUUCCUGGAGAAGGUUAGGGAGGACUUCAUGCAGCGGUAUGGGUCCAGCAUCGACGAGGAGGGGCAGCACCCGCUUGCUGAUGAUGCGGAUGAGGACGACUUUCUACUCGAAGAUCGGUUCAGCGUCGCCUACAAUCUCGACCGCGAGUUCGGGCCGAGGUUGAAGGAUCAUAUGCAGUACUGUGUUAAUCAUCCGGAAGAAAUUAACAAGCUCUCCAAGGUGAAAGCACACCUGUCGGAGGUCAAAGGGAUUAUGAUGGACAACGUUGAGAAGAUAUUGGAUCGUGGUGAGAAGAUUGAUCUUUUGGUGGGCAAGACAGAAACCUUACAAUCACAGGCUGACAGCUUCCACAGGCAUGGCAGAGAGCUCAGGCGAAAGAUGUGGCUUCAGAAUCUGAGGUUUAAGCUGAUGGUGGGUGGAGGCAUCGCGGCUCUGAUUCUCAUCCUUUGGCUGAUGGUCUGCAGGGGAUUCAAAUGCUAAUGCAUCCAAAGUCACUGUUCACUUUUUUCAAGCGUUGUAUAUGUGUUUACGGUGUCGCGUGCACAGAGUGACCACCAAAUCAUGUUUUCAAGGCGCUUCAAGUACCGCUGUCUGGUGUUGGGCCUUAAUUUCCUGUGGUCCUUCUCAUGUCUCAUAUGAUAAUGUUACGAACCUGGAGUAGUUAUGACCUUAUUAUCUGUACAUCCCAAAAUGCUAGCUCUUAUUAUUUGGACUCUGGAGAAGGGGAUCUUCUGUACUGGUGCUGUACUCGAUAAUCCUUGUAAAUGGAGAACGCCCUGUGGUGCGGUCUCCAGCUAUGUUUCCCCCAAUCAUCCAAGAUUCACUUGUGCAUCUGCG